AUGUCAGUCUCAGAGCUUGCUUGCACUUACGCCGCCCUAGUCCUCUAUGACGAUGGCAUCCCCAUCACUGCUGAGAAGAUUGCAACAUUGGUGAAAGCUGCCAAUGUCACAGUUGAGUCCUACUGGCCUGGAUUGUUCGCUAAGCUCGCCGAGAAGCGAAACAUUGAGGACCUUAUUCUGAAUGUCGGUGCCGGAGGGGGUGGUGGUGCAGUUGCUGUUGCCGCCCCGGGUGCAGGUGCCGCUGCCCCUGCUGCUGCUCCCGCAGCAGAGGAGAAGAAGGAGGAACCCAAGGAAGAAAGUGAUGACGAUAUGGGAUUCAGCUUGUUUGAUUAG